CUUUAUUUCAAUGACAGCCCCCCACACAGCUCAAUGAGUAGAGAGAAGGCAGGAGACUGGUGUCUGCGUGUGUGAGUGGGGAGGUGGAAGCAGGUCUGCAAUCUGCUUACAUGUUGAAGUCUGAGAAGACAGCAGGUUCUCCAGGAGUUCACAUCCAUUAAAACUGGACGGUCUCUGACUUUUCAUCAUGAGGAGCCUGCUUGUGUCUGUUGCUCUGCUGCACCUCACUGGGAUCUGUUUGUGCCAGUUUCCUCGGCCUUGUGCCAACUCAGAGGGACUGAGAACUAAAGAGUGCUGUCCGGUGUGGGAGGGAGACGGUUCCCCCUGUGGAGCUCUGUCAGGCCGUGGCUUCUGCACAGAGGUGCAGGUCUCAGACGAGCCCAAUGGGCCACAGUACCCCCACAUUGGGCUCGACGAUAGAGAGCGUUGGCCUUUGGCUUUCUACAACCGAACAUGUCGUUGUGCUGGAAACUACGGAGGGUUUAACUGUGGGGAAUGCAGGUUUGGAUACUGGGGUUCGAACUGUGCUGAGUACAAAGAAUCUGUGCGCAGGAACAUCAUGACCAUGUCUACGGCCGAGCAACAGAAGUUCAUUUCUUAUCUCAACCUGGCAAAAAACACCAUCAACCGUGACUACGUCAUCUCCACGACAACAAGAGCUGAGAUGGGUGAGAAUGGUGAGAACCCCAGGUUCUCUGACAUCAACACCUAUGACCUGUUUGUCUGGAUGCACUAUUACGUGUCCAGAGACGCCUUCCUAGGAGGGCCGGGGAAUGUGUGGAGGGACAUCGACUUCGCCCAUGAGUCUGCAGCCUUCCUGCCCUGGCACAGAAUAUUCCUGCUACACUGGGAGAACGAGAUCAGGAAGCUGACAGGAGAUUUUAACUUCACCAUUCCAUACUGGGACUGGAGGGAUGCCCAGUCCUGUGAGGUGUGCACUGAUGCUCUGAUGGGUGGGCGUAAUUCCCUCAAUCCCAACCUGAUCAGCCCAGCUUCUGUCUUCUCCUCGUGGAAGGUGAUCUGCACCCAGCCAGAGGAGUACAACAACCGAGAGGUGCUGUGUAAUGCCACUGGAGAAGGUCCACUGUUGCGUAACCCCGGCAACCAUGAUCCGAACCGCGUGCCAAGACUCCCCACGACAGCUGAUGUGGACUUUACCGUGGGUCUCCCAGAAUACGAGACGGGCAGCAUGGACCGAUUCACCAACAUGAGUUUUAGGAACGUCCUAGAGGGUUUUGCCAGUCCAGAGACAGGCUUGGCAGUCCCAGGCAAGAGCACCAUGCACAACUCCCUGCACGUCUUCAUGAACGGAUCUAUGUCUUCUGUCCAGGGUUCGGCCAAUGACCCCAUUUUCCUGCUGCACCAUGUUUUUAUUGACAGUAUCUUUGAGCGCUGGCUCAGGACCCACCAGCCUCUGCGGACCAGCUACCCUCGAACCAAUGCCCCCAUUGGCCACAAUGAUGGCUACUACAUGGUGCCCUUCCUUCCUCUCUACAGGAAUGGAGACUACUUCCUGUCCAAUAAAGUUCUGGGAUAUGAGUAUGCCUACCUCCUGGACCCUGGUCAGAGGUUUGUGCAGGAGUUCCUGACUCCUUACCUGCAGCAAGCCCAGGAGAUCUGGCAGUGGCUGCUGGUGGCUGGAAUGGUGGGAGCUGUGGUUGCUUCUGUCAUUGCUGCACUCAUUGUUGUUGCAAGAAGGAGGUGGAGGAGAAGGAAGAGGAUGUCGAGCUUUGGAGAGCAACAGCCACUACUGCAGAGCAGCUCGGAGGAAGGCUCAUCAUCGUACCAGACCACUCUUUAGACCCUGUCUAUACAACCAAAUACACAAACUGUUUAGAAGAUCCAUGAAUGAGAAGGUAAUUUGAAGGUUGCUAAAGCCAAUUUAGUUUCACCUUCAUGCUGACUUCUCAAGGAUUACACCAAAACACAAAAUGACUGUGGUCUAAAGUGCUUUUGGGGGAAAAAUAUAUCUAAAAUGAUAUAUUUUAAUCAGCAUUCUUUAGUUUAACAUCUCUAAGAAGCUAUAAGUUCACAUUGCUGAAAAGGUCAGUCUGCUGGUCUUGUGAACGCGUGAUUACCAGUGAGAACUCCAGCUGAAGGUUAAAUAAAACACACUCUUCUUGUGUUUGCAUUGGUGCUUAAGUCAGUCUGGUUCAUGCAGAAUAACAAUAAAAUAACAAUCUCUU